AUGCGUUCCGGCCGCAAGCCCACCCUCGGCGACCAAAUCGCCGACGCGUACAUGGGCGCCGUCAUCAACCCGGACCGCACGCGCCGGCCCAGGAUCCCAGAGAUCCGCGUGGCCUCUCCAAGCGGCGCGGUGACCCGCGUCACCGAGAUAUGCCACUUCUCCUUCGACGGGCCUCUCGAGAAGGAGCGUAGGGAGACGCUGCGCGAGAGUCUGGCAGAGCUCGAGGAGCGGCGCCGGGAAAGGGCCGCGAGAAAUCGCAGCCGGAAUCAACCGUGUCUGGCAGAUCAGCCAGAGAAGCAGCCUCUCGAAACCAAGCCGGCGGAGAAUGAAAAGGCUCCGGCGGAGGAGAAGCCUCCACAGAAAGAAGAGGCUCCGGAACCGAAAAAGGUUCCGAAGGCGGAAGCUCCUCAAGCUUCCUCUGGACCAGUCCGCAAGGGAACUUUCAGAGCCUUGCUGACCUUCGGACGCCAUUUCAUGCCUUCGAGCCGCGCGAGCUCGCGAGGGUGGCGCCAGUCGCUCAUGGGUUGA